UCUAAAAAGUUCAUUCAAUUCAAUUUAAUCGAAAAUUGUAAUUUUCUUAUUUGUAUAAUUAGUAAGUGAUGAAAAACAAAAAAUUUAUUAAUAUGCACGAAAAAAAUAUUUUACAUGGACCAUUGCCUAUUGUGGAAUUCAAGAAUGUAUCAUUAGGACAACUAAUUUUAAAUCAAUUAAGCAUUCAUGGUUUUUGGGUAGCACAAAUAAAUGCUCAUACAGGAAAAACACAAACAUUUAAAGAAAUAUUAGACAUUAGUCGGAAAUUAGCAAUUGCUCUUAAUAAAGAAGGAUUAAAAAAAAAUGAUCGGAUAGCUAUAUGUAGUGAAAACAAUCUAGAAUAUUAUCUAGUAGUAUGUGCUGCGUUUUAUUUGGGUGUUACUGUUUGCCCAUUAAAUCCGCUUUAUACAGAAAGGGAAUUGAAACACGCAUUAAAUAUAUCAAAACCGAAGUACCUUUUUGUAUCAACAUUCGGAGCAAAAAACAUUUGCAACAGUGCUCCACAGUUAUGGUUGCCAAAACUUAUAAUGUUAACCGAAUCCACAAAUAAUAAAUUCCCAAGUAUUAAUAGUCUAACAUCGAACAUAAUCAUCAGUGAUAAUUUCUGUGCCUGUCCAAUAAAUAGUAAUGAUCAUGUGGCAGCUAUUUCAUGUUCCAGUGGCACUACAGGAUUGCCAAAAGGAGUAAUGUUAACAGAUAAAAACUUUUUGUCUGUAGUAACAAAUCUUGCAACUGCAUCACCUAAUAUUUUAAAUACUAAUACAACAAGCCUAGCAUUGUUACCAUUCUUCCAUGUAUAUUCUUUUUCAGUAAUGCUUGCAGGGCUUAUUUUUGGAAAUAAAAGUAUUAUUCUUCCACGUUUUGAUGAAAAACUGUUCUUACAUGCUAUAGAAAAAUACAGAAUUGAACAUAUAACUGUUGUACCACCACUAAUGGUAUUUCUAGCAAAACAUCCUAUUGUGGAUGAAUACAAUUUAUCAAGUAUUAAAGAGAUUUGGUGUGGUGCAGCACCUUUAUCUGAAGAAAUUGCAAAAAUGGUUGCAAAAAGAUUAAAUGUAUCAACAAUAAAACAAGGAUAUGGAUUAACAGAAACUACUUUGGCUGUAAUAAACUCACCUGAUAAUAAUACUAAAUAUAAGAGUGUAGGAACAUUAGUUCCUGGAAUAUCAGCAAAAGUAAUACCAAUUAACGAGGAUGAAUCAAGCAAACCUUUAGGACCAAACAAUAUAGGACAAUUAUGUUUCAAAGGAAAUUUAAUAAUGAAAGGGUACUGUAAUAAUGAACAAGCUACAGCAGCAACAAUUGAUAAAGAUGGCUGGUUGCAUUCAGGAGAUGUAGGGUAUUAUGAUGAACAAGGCUAUUUCUAUAUAGUAGAUCGUUUGAAAGAGCUUAUUAAAUACAAGGGAUUUCAAGUUCCACCAGCUGAACUAGAAGCAAUAUUAUUAACAUGUCCUGAGAUUAAAGAUGCGGCAGUUAUUGGACUACCACAUGAAGAAGCAGGAGAACUACCAACAGCUUUUAUUGUUAAACAAGAAGGAUCUAAUUUAACAGCAGAAAACGUUAUCAAUUUUGUAAAUGAACGAGUAUCGAGCCAUAAACGACUUCGAGGCGGUGUUAGAUUCGUUGAAAAUAUUCCAAAAACUGCAUCAGGAAAAAUUCUACGUCGCGUACUGCGUGAUAUGCUCAAAUCAAAAUUGUGAAAUAUCGACACAAAAAAAUGAAGCAGUAUCAAUUUAAAUGUAUUAUUCCUUUGUAUUUACAUUCAUUUCAAUAAGAUUCGAAGAACA